GAAAACAUCAACCAACUUCUUGGAAAAUUCUAUACCACAAAGGGUCGAUAUGCGGUUGAAUGUCCAGAUAAAGAGGUUGGUCCUGAAAGCUGCGACCAUCGCUUGUUGUGUAAAUCGUGUAUAAACUACAUGUUUUUCUCUAUUAGCAUUGCAUGUAAUAUAUAUCAUACACAAGAGGCUGUUUAGUAUUUGAUCCCAAAAUUCAUUUCUCAGGUUUGUUCAUAGUUACUUAUUAUCUCUAAACAAGGUCUCUAAAGUUGAUUUCUUUUCUCUUCUUUGGUGUCGCAGUCGUCAGAGCAAGCGCCUGUCACAUCUGAAAUCUUGGGUUCAAUUCUCGCUACGGACUAAUGUGCAAACUUAUGUGAAAAGAGUCAAUGCCAUAGAUAUCUUAUAUACACUAGAUAGCGCAUCUCUUUUAUAGUAAAAUUGAAGCCAAGAAUAUUCCAGCGGUUACCCCCAUUUGAAUAGAUGGCGGCCAUGUUGGUCGUUCCCAUUUGCUAAUAAACGCUUAAAAACAACAAUAACUUUCAUCAUUUGAAUAGUUUAAAAACGUGUUUGGAAUAGGGUUAACUUAAUGUUUAAGUUCUCUGUUUAAGAAAUAGAAAACAUACGAAUCUUCUCAUUUCAUGGGAACGACCUGAGACUCCAAUCACAGCUUCAAUUGUUGAAUUGCAGAAUAAUUAGAUGCACUAUCUACUAGAUAGUAUCUAGUGUAUAUAAGAUAUCUAUGAUCAAUGAUCUGCUUAAUGUUAUGGGUUUUUUCCAGUCACUGUCUGCUUUCCUCCCGCAGGGAAAGUUGACAGGGUGGGUUAAUUAGGAUGAACAUAGUUAGGAAAGUAAUAUCUCAGUUGCAAAGAUAAAUAGUCUAGGCUAUGUAGGUAGACUGUAUAAGUAAUCAUAACACUUGAUGUAAUCAGUUACUGAAAAGCCCCGAUGGGAAGUAAGCUGAAUAAUGUAUACUGUAGUAUAAUAAAUAUUAAGGUUAGUGAGUUUAGAAUGGUAAUUAUAUCUUUGACAUUUUUUUUAAAUUCUAAUGUUAAUUCAUUAUAGAGAGCUUUGAAGCCGGAAUUUUCAAAUUCUCCGACUGGUAAGACCUGCCAAGGACUGAUGAUCAGGUUCAGAAAGUAUGAAAAUGCCAAAUUUUCAUACUGGAGAAGUGAGGAAAGGCGACGGGUAGAUAUAAUUGAACAUUGACUUCGUUUGGAACAAAUUUUACACUAAUUAUAGUAAUUUGUAAGCUGUCAUUCAUUGCCUAUUGUUUGAUUUCCUCAUCUAGCUUGUUGGUAUUGGUGGGAAUGAUCGGCUUUUGGGUGCACACUAAGAUACUGUCACAGUUAAGAUUAUUCAGUUCAUUGGGCACAAGCACACUGGGUGCAACAAACCACUGCUACUUGAGGAGAUUAUUGUUGCAGUAAGUAAUACCCGAAUGCAGCUUUUGGUGUGCAUGGAGUAGAUUUAAGGCCAUCACAGCCCAACGCUAUCUUUAAUUACCCCCAUCAAUGUGUAGAUACAGUGCCGUACUUGCAUGUAGUCUUGUAGAUACCAACUUGCAUGUAGUCUUCAUGUACACACAAAAGCGUAUACACAUGUAAAAAUCUCACAACUUGUCAGCAAGAUGUGUUUGCAAUUGUAGCAAGCUUGUCAACAAGUUGUAACAUUGCUGUUAUUCUAAAAAGUUGCUACAAGGUUGUCAUUCACAACUUGUUGACAAAUUGUUGACUUGCAGGACAAUAAAAAAUUCUUGGAACAACAUGCAACAAGUCUGUUGAGUUCAACAACCUUGUUGUAAGUUGUCAACAGCCCGUUGGCAACUUUUCAGCAAGCUGGGAACAAGCAGUGCGAACAUAUCCUGUUGACAGGUUGUUAGAACAGCAUUAAUUGCUACAAGUCUGUUGCAAGUUUGUUACAACUUGUGCGUUUUUACGUGUGCAGUAUUCAUGUACACGCAAAAUCGCUCAACUACUGUAUAUCUUUGUGCAGCAAAUUCAUUACUACGUCUACUGUACACAAAGCUUUGGACUCAACUUUGCGAUAAAUGAAGCCAAUUUCAGCUACAGUUUCUUUGCCAUAGCUAUAGGCUUUGCCUUAUUAUUAAGUUAAGCAAGAAGCCUCGUUUCAAGCUUUACUUGUUUAGUUCAAAACAGCAAACAAUCAUAUAAAUUAUAAUGUCAGGGUGCGAUAAUUCGAGAUUUUCAGUCGUACCUGACUGGUAAACUCUGAUUAUUAUUGCCUCUUACUUGAGCUGUUAAGAACUUGAGACUCAAGGUUUACUUACUCUUUGGAAUGAUGCCAUAAAGUACAGGUUUCUUUAAGGUAUUCAUUCAAUAACCUGAAUCUACAAAUUAGAACGAGAAGGACGACAAUUACGCAAAACAUCAGAAUUGACUCCAACAUUCCCAUCAGUCCACGCAAACUUCGUGUAGUUUGACUAUAUAUAGAAAGGGUGUAGCAGUUAGAGUGUAGUACAUGGAGUUUGUGUGUAAUCUACGUUGCGUGUACACGAAGGCUACACGCAAUAUAGUCCACGAAGGGCGUUACAAUACUUCAGGACGGCACUGUAGGAGUCUGUCCAUUUCAUGUAGAGGCUUAGUACAAUGAUGCGAUUUUAUCUCUGGGAAUAAUUGCAUAUUAUUCUGCAAUAAGGAAUGAUGGAAGAACAUAAUGCAAAUCUAGGUCCUUAUACAUUCAAUGGUAUCUGAUUGUUCAGAAUAGGCUCACUAUUAACUCAAUAUUUUGUUUUCUACAGCGCAAAUAUAUCAGAGAAAUUACAGUAGAGAGAGCCCGAAAGCUUAAGGGCUUCUGGAGUUCGUUUUACACGUGGAAGACAAAUAAAUGGCCAAACGGCAUUUCUCCAGAAGAUUGCAAUAUCCUUCACCACGAAGAUAGAAUUAGCUAUCAAGAAGAGUAG